GUCCAAUCAUCUGCACAGCCCUCUCCUCUUUUCCUAGUUUGAGAGGGCUGGAAUUACAUGACAUCAUUUAAAGAGCGCCCCCGUACCACCAACGAGGAAAAGAAGAAAACUUGAAUCCUCACUCCUCCAUCUUCCCACGAGCUGGAAGAGAAAACACCUCUGAGGGUCGUUUGCCAUUGGGACGCUUUCCCUUCCCUUGUCGAUAUCGCGCAGCCUGUAGCAUUAUUGGAUUGGCCGCGGCGGUAUCCCCGAUAGUAUCGGAUUCGGGGAGGGGCGUUCUCUCCGCACGGGGAAUGGCGGAGCAGCAGGCUGCUGUGCUGAGGAUUCAGUGUGGGAGAGAGAUGGGGAUUUAGCACAAUAAGAUAGAUCCCAGUCCUCUCUGUUUUCCACUCUCUCUCUCUCUCUGUUGUCGUUCUAAAUCUCUGCUGCCUCUGGCCAUGGAUCCAGAGAAAACGUUGACGUUCUGCCUUGGACUCAAAGCAGAGGCGAUGACCAUCUCCCUGCAGGGGCCGGGAGGACCAGCAGCUACGACGACUGUGUCUCCAAAGGGUUCAGACAUGGGAACCAUCAACAAGGGGGUGAAGGACCAAGCUGACUCAGGCAGCCAGCCCAUGCUCAGUCAUAAGUACUGCCCUGGUGUCAACAACAACCCAGGCUACCUGUGUGAGACCGGCCACUGCUGUGGGGAAACAGGAUGCUGCACCUACUACUACGAGCUGUGGUGGUUCUGGCUGCUGUGGACCAUCGUGAUUCUGUUCAGCUGUUGCUGUGCCUACCGCCACCGGCGGGCCAAGCUGCGUGUCCAGCAGCAGCAGAGACAGAGGGAGAUCAACCUGAUCGCCUACCACGGAGCCUGCAACUACCCUGCGUCCAUGUUGGACCUCAGUUUCCUGGCCUCCUUCAAGCUGCCGUCCUAUGAGGAGGUGGCAGCCCAGCCCCCCUCACCCCCUCCAUCCUACAGCUCCGUCUUUGCUCUGCAGGGGGCGAUGGGGGGCGCCACCGCUUACACAGCCACCCCUUACGGUUCAGCCUACCCCCAUCACCACCAGCAACAACCCCUCGGCCCUCCCUCCUACUUGGUUAGCUCCAGGGCGGGCCCCAGCGGUACCGGUGGUGGCCUGACCUCAUCUCAGAGUUCAGACAACUACACCAGCUGCUCCUGCGAGUCCUGCUCCCUCCUCACCUCCCCAUCCAGCACCUCCUUCUCUGUCCAGGUGACCUACGAGACGGAUAAUACCAGCCAUGCCUCCACGCCCGGUAGCGAGGUUGGAGGAGGAGGGAGGGAGGUCCUGAGAGGCUUCCCCAGGGAGGGUUCAUCGCUGGAGGGAGUUGUGUCUGCCAGGUCCCCUUUGUCUCCAGGAGGAUAUCCAGCUCCUCCACCUGAACUUCUACCUACACCUUCUCCCACAACGUCUUCUCCUCUCCCUCACACUCUCCCCCCUCCCAAACUAUCUUCUCCCUCUCCACUUCCUCCUCCACAUCAUCUGCCACUCCCUCCACUCAUCCUUAUGGACCCCCUGGCUGUGCUGGCUGACGAGAGAGGGGUAGAGGGCGGCCUGAGUGAGGGUGGGGUCACAGAGAGACAGAGCCCUUCCAUCCUCUCUCCCCCCAAGCCCACCCAGUCUCCCCCCAAACACGCCCUCUUCUCCACCAACGUGGACUUCUUCGAGCCCGUGGAGAAAGAGAAGAGAGAGGAAGAGGAGGAGGAAGAGGAGGAUGAGGAUCAUUUCCGUCACCGCCGGCUCACAGGCGACUCCGGCAUCGAAGUGUGCCGCUGCCAAGUGAAGAGCGAGGAAGAGGAUGUGGAGAAGAAGGUGGAAGAAGAUCAAGUUGUAGGAGGGGAUGGAGAGGAGGGGGCGGAUUUCCUCCAUGACAGUGUGGACUGUUCCCUCCGAGCGCAGCAGGUCGCCCAGUGUGGCCACGCCUCCUCGGCCAUCCCCAGGGGCGGGGACGCCAUCAUCACCGUGGAGUCGUCAUGAGGACAGCCAAUGAGGGCCAAAUAAUUUGGUCAGGUGACCAAAACUCACUUGACUGACAACAAAUGGAGCCAAUGGAGCUUAAAAGUGUUUACUUUGACCCAGUAGCACCCCCUACUGUUCAAACCAGGAAGGAAGCCAAGGCCCACAUCAACUAGUAUGGGCCUGCUUGUGUUAACGGCUUACUGUAGUAAUGUGAAGUCACCAUAGUAACACAGAGGAAGAGGAUCAUCACAGCCUUCUAAUUGAAAGGAGGAAGGAAGUCGUUACAGAGGGAGUCGGACAGUUUAUCUGUGUUGAUCUUUCUGACGGUCAUUAUCAUUCUGUCCCACUGUGCUGCCACCGGGAACAAAGACACCUUUUAUUAUUUCUCAAAGUGGAGAAACCAAUGCUGCAGUGAAACUGCUAAUUAUACUCUCUCUCGCUCUCUCUUUCUGUCUCUCUGUCUUUCUGUCUCUCUCUCCCUCUCUCCCUUUCUGUUUCUCUCUCUCCCUCUCUGUCUCUCUUUCAUCACAGGAAGAGGAGCAACAGCUGCAUGAGACAGUAUAAAGUCAGCAUAAUGUUCACACAGUCUCCCUCGCACACACACACAUUCACACACACACACACACACACACGCACGCACGCACGCACGCACGCACGCACGCACGCACGCACGCACGCACGCACGCACACACACACACACACACACACACACACACACACACACACACACACACACACACACACACACACACAACAACAACCCACCUGCUGUGUCUGAAGCUCUGCUGCACCUGCCCUUUUGCUUUGCAAAAAUACCUCCCGCUUUCUUCCUCUCCCCAUCCUCCCAUCAGAGUACUAUUAGCUCCUCUUCUCUUCUCCUCCUCUCCUCCUCUCCCAUCCUCCCAUCAGAGUACUAUUAGCUCCU